AGAUGUUAUCAGAAAUGAAAGUUAAAAUAUUUUUAACCAUAACCAUGAAAUUUUCGUAAAUAAAUCAAACCGUUGAGGGUUUUAUUUUGACUCAUCGUCCACGAAUCCGUCGAAAGAAACCUUCACACCAAACACCGACACGUAAACAUGUUCACCGUGCUACGUGUCACCGAAGCUCGCGUCAUGGAUCGAAAGUGUUAAAAGAAACAAGAAAAUCUUGAGAGAGCUGUGGGAGAAUAAAGAGAGAUGGAGGCAACGAAAGAGAAGAUGGAGAAGGAACAGAACAAGAGGAGAGACGAAUCUGCCGUCAAGAAUGAUGCAGGAAAGGCCGAUGACACGGUCAGAGCGAUCGUUCGCGAAUCCAUAAUUGAAGGCGGAAGCGACGGUAACAGAGACGGAGGUGAUAGCGCUCGCAAGCCGGAGGACAUUCUUGCUUUCUCAAGAACCGUACGGAAGAUCGAUUCCUCGCUUGAGUAGUUUUAUGUAUUCUGUUAUUUGUACUUUUUGCUUCGGUAUGUUAUUUUCUUCUUUUACUAUCAAUCAACUAGCAAAAUAAAUAAAGAUUAAACAACUUCGUUCUACA